AUGACGGACGGGGAUCUUGCAAUAAAGAGUGUGGUUAGUGCAGUUUUUCCCGGUGCACAUCACAGGUUGUGUAGCUGGCAUUUGUUAAGGAAUGCCACUGCUAAGGGAAAAUUCUUCACAGAACUGAACACAACAUCGAGGUGCAAGGCGUUGAAUAUGCAUAUAGGAAAAUUUAUACAUAAUGGAUACAAUCUGAGAGAGUUUGUGGAGAACUUCCAACACUAUCUUGAGUUCAUGAGUAGAAGAGAAUUGGUAGCAGAUUAUAAGUUUGUAUACGACGAUCCUGUAGUAAAAAUAAAACUCAAAGCCAUUGAGCAACUCACAGUGACGGUUUAUACAAAAGAGGUUUUUGAACCGUUUCGGGAGGUGCUAAUGCUAGCCAGCAAUGUCAGAGUUGUAUCUACCAAGAGGAUGAGCACUUGUGUUUUGUUCGAGGUUGCGAUGUACUGCAACCAUAGAUUAUGGGCCAUGGCAUGGGUUGAGGAAAAUAAAGAAUUCAGCUAUUCUUGUCAGCGCAUGGACUUGUUCGGGCUGCCUUGUGUACACAUGGUUAGGGUGCUGGUGUAUUUGAAUAUGACUACUAUCCCCAGAAAUUUCAUCCUUAAUCGGUGGAAAAAGAGGGCAAAGCAGCUAAGUGCGACCAACGAUAAAAUAUGUGUUGGGAAAAUUCCAGACGCAACAUACAUGAGCAUGCACACGGCAAUGUUGGAGGAUUGUAGGGAAUUGAUGAACUUGUCCUGCCAGUUCUUUGACAACUACUUUGAUGUGAAAACAAGAUUAGCCAAGGAGCGACUAUCCCCGUGGGAGAAACAUCGCCAAAUGUUAGGCGUUACUGAAGAAGUCAACAGGAUUUCUGUUCGAGACCCGUUGUAA